AUGAAGGAGCAGACUGGUAGGACCAGCAGAGGUAUACAACAUCUGAAACACUCCCAUCCCCAACUCUACAGAGUCCCAAUGGACCGACGGACCGCACAGACCGACGUUGACGGCUGAGAUUAGUUCAGACGGUGUGGGAGCAUGAAGAUUUGCUUAUGCAUGCUGCAGAGAUCAGAGCUUUGCUGCGCCUUCCCGCUGAGCGUGGAUGUGAAUGAAUGGGAUGGUUUUCAGUGCGUGUGGUACUGAAAUGGGUCAUGCGGACUACUGGAGGAGCAAAAGAUAAACACGCAGCCUCCUGCCGCUGCUUGGCUGGUUGAGACGGUGAGCGCUCAGAGGAGGGACCCCAUCCAGUGUCCUCAUCUCACAUGUGGCUUUGAUUUCAUCCACCUACAAAAAGUCUCAAACUGAAGAGCUUUUCCAGAAACAGGGCGAGCGUCGCCUUGGGCAAGCGGCAGGCAGAGCACAAAAACAAAUCCAAUCUAUUCAAGCGUGAAACUGCAAGGUUUUUUUCUCUCUUGUAUUUUAUUUUAUUAAAAAAAAAAAAAACUGAUCGGUUCUUUAAACGUCAAUAAUUUGAUCUACAACAGCGAGGACAUCCAUCUGUCAGAUUCCCCCAGAACCAGAAGCAUCGGUGCGGAGCAGAGCGCAGCAGCUCUGCUCACCGAUCGGAUGCAGGACCAUGGGGGAGAGAGACAGGUCGCCAGCAGUCUGCCACACAGUGUCAAGGCGAGCCUGUCUCUUUCUCCGUCUGGGCCAGGACGGGCAGGUAGCGGUGGAAACUCCCCGACAUCCAAAAUUGAUUACUGUGGAGGGGUGCCUGUGGAAGACAUGCAGGCAUUGGCCAUCACCUCUCUAUCUGCAGCAGAUGUAGCCAAGCAGUACGAGCACAUCCGUGAGCUGGGGAAGGGCACGUAUGGCAAGGUGGACCUCGUGGCCCACAGGACACAGGGCACCAAACUGGCGCUGAAGUUUGUUACCAAGAACAAGACAAAGCUCAAAAGUUUCCUGCGAGAAUACAGUCUAACAGGCUCACUUAGCUGCAGCCCUUUCAUCAUCAAAGUCCUGGAUGUGCUUUUUGAGACAGAGGACAGCUAUGUGUUUGGGCAAGAAUAUGCCCCUGCUGGAGACCUUUUCGACAUUAUACCACCACAGGUUGGUCUGCCAGAGGAAAUGGUCAAACGCUGCAUGCAACAACUAGGCUUGGCCCUGGACUUUAUGCAUAGUAAGAGCCUAGUGCAUCGAGAUGUCAAACCGGAGAAUGUGCUGUUGUUUGACCGUGAGUGCCGCCGCAUCAAGCUGGCUGACUUUGGCAUGACCCGACGCGUGGGCUGCCGUGUGAAGCGGGUGAGUGGCACCAUCCCCUACACAGCACCAGAGGUGUGCCGCGCUAACCGUGCAGAAGGCUUUCUUGUGACCACCAGCCUGGAUGUGUGGGCGUUUGGUGUUCUAGUCUUCUGCAUGUUGACGGGCAAUUUCCCCUGGGAGGCAGCGUUGCAGACUGAUGCCUUCUACGAAGAGUUUCGCCGCUGGCAGAAAGCAGGGUGUCCAGUGGGAACGUACCCAUCUCAGUGGCGCCGCUUUACUGAUGAUGCCUUGCGCAUGUUUCAGAGGCUGCUCGCUGCUGAUCCAGAAAAACGCUGUGGAGUCAAGGAUGUGUUCUGCUUUAUCAAGUAUGAGCUGGUCAGUGAGCUCAGGCGCAGGGCAUCUUACCGAGCAAAGAGAGGUGAGAGGUCAAGCUCAGGAGUGUGCACUGGCAGUUGCACUUCCUCCUCAACAUCCACUGUUUCGCGUUCCUCCCACAGACACCCUGAGCCAUCCACCCCUCCAGGAACAUCCUGCCUGCGUCCAGCACCACUCAAGCGUAGUGUUCUUUCUGACCCGCUAUCACCCAGAGAAGAGUCUGGACAGCACCAGUCUCCUGGUCGAGAGAAGAACAAAAGCCAGAUGAUGAUGGCGACUGCAAUAGAAAUCUGUGUGUGAACACACUGAUGUUAGCACUGAAAACAAGAUGGCAUUUCACAGCAAAAACAAGCAGUGAAGAGGUGUCAGUGACUUCCACAGAAAGUCCAGGGAAAAAGGAGACAUACUUAAACAAUGAAAGAGGAGCUUGGGAUCCCAUCCCAAGCUGUGGAAAUGGACAUCAUCAAUCAGUGGUACACACUUGGACAGCCUGUUACUAAUAUUCAAUGCCAGUUAAGUUUUGAUUUGUGACCAAAGACUGCUUCCCAAGCAGAGAAGCCAUGCAGGCAGUGUUUAAGAGUUAGCUUGAUGCUUCUUUAAGCUGCUCUUCCUGCUAAACUAACAUUUGUGUUUUCUGCCCAUACACUGUGGUGGUGCUAAUGAUUCUAUACUUAGAUUCACUCUAUGUCUCUGUGCUUCGGUGUUUAUCUCAGUUUUAGCUCCAGGAACACCAAACCUUCCUCCCACAAGGCGAUGUUGGCCGGCAAUCAGAGGACAACUUCCUCAACUGCCAUUUCUUAGACUUUUUGCCUACUUACAAUGCAUAAAAACAGUAUAAGACUUAUCUGAGAUAAAGUAUUACGAAGGGAAAAAGAGAAGAAAAAAACUAUGUAGCAGUUUCUAUGAGACAUAAUUUCAUUUAGGUGUCUAGACUGGGAGACAGAUUCUUCCUGAUAGGCAUCAACUCAGGACACUACACUGGAUCUCUUCCUGUUUAAUCAUUAAUGGAAAUCCACAUAUUGACUGGAAGACACAUCUGGCCCUUCUGAAGAGCUCUCAGUGAGAUUAAUUCAUGGCGAAACACAACAGGAUACAUGGGGUUGUGCAUUUUCUGACUGAAAAAGGUUAAAAAACAAAGAGGCAAAAUCAUGUUCUCUUUACAGUUACUUUUCUACCCCUUGUGUGUGAGUGCACAGGUGUGAGUGUGUGUGUCUGUAACUAUGUUUAAAAUGCUAAAGCACAAGAUUUUUGUAUAGGAGGAUAACUCUUAGGAAAAUAUGACUAUGUUGUACAUUACUUGAUAUUUCUAGGAGUGCACCACAGUAUCAGGUAGUUUAACUAUGUAGCUGUACUGAUUUUCUACAACGGGUAAUGGGUGGUUAGGGUUUUACACUUGCUGGUGGGACAAUGCACCGUAUGUAGCAAAGGAAGAUUACACUAUGUACAGUUUAUCACAACAAAUUAAAUGUAUAGAUGUGCAAUCUGAAGCUAGUCACAUUGUAAAACAUUGUAGCAGCUGCUAAUGCCUUCCUUUUUUCUUUUGCUGUUUUGGGUUAUCUGAACCAAAUCAAGUCUUUUUGCUCAGUCAUGACAUACAAAUCAUUGAGUAGAAUUCCUGCAAUGACCUGUGAGCCUAACCUUAUCAUAAGGAACAUCUAUUCCCCUGUGUAAAAUCUCCAUGCUCCCUGCUUUUCAAUUAGUAGAGCUUCAUCAGUCACUUAAAGCUAAUGAGGAGUGCUUUGCAGGUUAACACCUUAUAAUCCCAGUUAAACAGAAAGUGUUAUUGCAACCUCUUUGCUCACUUUAAUUUGAUCACACAGCCUCCGUCCAAAGGUAUAUCUCGAAUAGCAGGGUCCAGGUGCUUAUUGUGUGGAAAGAUGACUGCUGUGUGAGCUGCAGAUUUUGUUUUUUAAAGAUGCUGAUUGAUUAUGACCAGGGCACAGCUACAGCUUUGCCUUUUAUUAAGGUACUGCUGCUUAUGAAGGCAUAUUUGGUGUGAAUGCUCCUCUGUGUGCUCGUUGCUGUAAUGUUUUUCUCUUGUAUUAGUCCUAUCUCAAUCUGUUAUGUGUGUGUGCAUUUGCAUCUGCAUUAGUCAUUCUUGUUUCCCCUCUCUUACCUUGACACCCCAUCUCCUCUGUUGCUAUAGUGACAGAACUGGACACUCCUAAGAUCAAACUUCAGAUGAUGCGCACAUAGCCCAUAUACUUACAUAAUUAUUUAAGUUUUUGUGACACUAUGUUACCAAUAAAUUACUUAUUUUGGACACAUCUCUGUAGCAAAAAUACAUACAUUAGGUAAAGUCAGGUUCAAAAUUCUGUCAACAACCAGAUAAAAACAGUUUUCAUCAAGUUUUCAAGUUUUAAGCAAUUAAAUAUUCCAUAAAUAAGAUUAUAUAAGUAACUAUAUUGCAAAAACCUCAAGAAUACAGAGGAGGUAAGAAUAAAAGUGGAAAGUUUUGUGCAAUUGGAACCUUAUUGUUGGAAACUGCUAUGUGCCGGUUUGACUAAUGCAGUACAGAAUUUUGGCAAUUGUUGUUAUUUUGUCUGUGAUACCAGUUUUUCAAAAUGUUUAUAUGAAAAUGAGAUAUUAUUCAACUAUGUUGCCUGAUUUCUGAAUGUGUCUAAACUAUAGAUUUUCUUUCUACCAACUGAAAAAUGGCCUAGAAUAGAAGCCAAAUAACCCGAAAUUACAUAUGUACAUAUAUUUACAUGUAGUGUCUCACCUGAGUGCAUUAUAUUAUCAGCAGCUAAAUGCAACAUCAUUUACAGUAAGAACUAAAAUGUUUUAGAUAAUAUACUGAAAAUUUACUUUGUAUCAUGUGGUACAACUUCAGCAGCUGCUGCUUUGUUCUACAUAGCCAUUUGAAUCUGGACUUGCACUUGAGCGUAGGGUUUGGCGUCGUGUUGUGGUUUCUCUUUCGGGGUAAGUGCACAAAUUCAGCAAGAACCUGCAGAGAUCUGGAAACACUUAAUCACAUACCGACUAAUCAGAAGGGAGUACUUCCGAGUAACCAUGCUCCAAGUAUGGGUGCAUGUCAGGUCUGGAAGAGGUGCGCAUCAGGCAUCUGCGGACCUACACAGAGCAUACGUUGGUGACGCUGUAACCAACCUUAUGCAGACAAUGCACGAGUAUUAAUCCAGCAUUAGUCUGCUGUCAACAGCUGAGAUGUGAACUCUUGUCUCUUACAGACUGUUAUGAUGGGAAUUGUAAAGUUUAGAUGUCAAAUUGCAUCAAGUUUUAUUUAAGCUCCAGAGAGCGUAGCCUUCCUCUUACACACUUUAUCCUGAUCCAAUGAUAAACAUUUUUCCUUCCAGCAAAUGUCCUUUUAGAUCCUAAUUGUAAAUAUUGUAUGUACUGUGUCUUUAACAAAAUGAAAAAUGAAUAAACAAAAUUUGAAUAUAUGUUGAAA